AUGGCCGGCGACGCCAUACGGAUUCGGCACCAGCAACAAACACAGUCGGUCCUGACUUCGAUUAUGACAUCAUUGUUGAGAUACUGUCACGGCUACCGGCCAAAUCUCUACUACGAUUUCGCUGCGCCUCUCCAAGCUUCUGUACUGAAGCUAGAUGACGGUGACGUUGCAAUCACAGAGCUUGAUUAUCCGGGGAUGGAUGACUUUGAAGGUGAAUGUUUUCCAAAUAUCUAUGGCUCUUGCAAUGGCUUGAUUUGUAUAGAAUUUGGAAGUGGUAGCAUCAUAUUAUGGAACCCUUGCACUAGAGAGUUCAAACAGCUACCAGCACCUGAACUUCAUAUUUGUGAAAGUUCAAGCAUCUUUGAGAGUUUCGUAUAUCUUGCUGGAUUCGGUUAUGAUUCCACCAUAGAAGAUUACAAGGUAAUACGAGCGACUAAAAUAUAUGAAGCAGAAACCACACUUCAAGUCUUUACACUAAAAACGGGUUCAUGGAGGCGUAAUCCUGAUUUCAACCAUAUUAGCCAAGGCAGUGAAUACAUUUAUCGGUUCGAAAAGCAGGGUUUCUUGUUAAACGAAACUCUACAUUGGGUAGCCCUUCUAAGAGGAGCAGAGUAUGAGGAAGGUACAUUGGGAAUAGUGUCUUUAGGUCUUGCGGAGGAGAAAUUUAAGGUCAUGGCGUUAUUCCCCUGUCACUCCCCUAUAUCUGCUUCAAUCUUGACUGUUGGGAACUCAUUGUUUGUAUACCAUGAGUUUGGUAUAUGGAUGAUGAAGGAACAUGGGGUCGAAGAAUCUUGGACCAAAGUCAUAUAUAUUUCCCCAGAGUGUUUACCUCAACAUUUUGACAAUAUGCUAACGCCUUUAUGCAUUUUAGAGAAUGGAGAAGUUCUUCUCCGUUGUAGAUCCUUGGGAUUAUAUAUCCGGAAGAAAAGACAUUUAGAAAUAUCACUAGCAAGGUUUGCCCGCGCUUUGCUGCGGGAUAUGGAUCAUAACCAUAAUGUUGGAAAAGAAUAG